GUAUCUCUCUGAAUGUAUGGCCAGAUCGAUUUCGCGUCUAUGCAACUGCGAGGAAGAAUAGGUUUCCCGUUCUGCUGUCACGUUUAAAUCUCGCGCGUUCGUCCGCCGCGCCGCUAGGUGUCAAAGUGUUGUGCGCAGUGAGUUGACAUUCGCAUCCACCCACGCAUUCAGUUGACAGCAAGCAACUGCUUGGUGGUGUCGGUGGUGUUGGUGUGCGUGAAUCGAGGGGAAGCAAGUCUAGAGGAAUACAGAUCAACGGUGUUGUCCAAUUGCAAUAGCGCCUUAUCGGCUGCGACUGAUGCGAGGCGGUGACCCCCCACUGAAGUGCGGAUUUUAAAGCUCGUCUCUCUGUCUCUGUUUGACCGACCGGCGAGAGUGAGUGACCGCAGUGACGAAAGCCAACAAUUUGUUGUGGUUGUUUUUUUUCGGCGGCGGAACCAAAGGCCGAUUUUGUGCGGUGUGUUUAGCCUAAGAUAAUUAACCGUCAAACAAGGAAACAAGUCUUUGAUUGAUAUUUACACUUUCUCAGAAGCUCUGGACAUGGGAGAAAAGUGAUGCCCAUCGGAUGAUGAUAAAAAUACCUGUGAAGAUGAUUUAGUGUGUGAAAAUGUUCAAACAGCCUGGUAGUUCAAUGAAUGGUAUAUAGAAAUUUUAGAAUCGUUCACCGUGAAGAUGAUAGAGAUCAACUGAUCAAAAGACGAAAAAGAUUUCUGCCAUCGAUGAUUAUUUUCAGUGACAUAAUAUAGAAGAGUGAACUGUUGCGUUUGAAAAAGAAAUCAAGUGUUUCGACAGAAGGGAAAAAUCGACUGCUGCGUACACCGCUGAGGACGCAGCAUCAGCAGGAGAAGCUUAGAACACUUUUCGGUUUGAAUUUUAUGGAUAUAAUAGACGACCAGAUUGUGCCAUCGCCAAGCUUUUGGGUAAUGCAGUCACCAGAAUUAGAAUUUCGGCAUGAGCUGAUGGGGCGCAUACACAAAUUGGAAAAUGAUGUCGAACUGGACGCGGUACCGAUUAAUCAACAUCAUCAGUCACCCGGUUCUCUGUUGCCCCAGUCAACUCUCGGCGGAUACGGUGCUCAGAGUUAUGACCACUACGGGAAGGAGUUCUUUUUCGGAACCAAACAUCGAGAUGCACUAUGCACCGAUGCGGAUGAUUCCUUCCUGCGGCCGCCACUGUGGGAGGAUAUCACCAGCUCGAUUCAGAACAUUGAUCCCGAGAACGCCAUCAUGCUCGGUACGCUGAACGGUGUCCCGCAGGUGAAAACAGAGGCUGUCGAUGACACGUUCCUAGAACCUCUUUCCUCGCCGUUGUUGAGCCCGCUGGAAAUCAAAACAGAGAAAAACCACACAGUUCAAAACCACAACAAUAACAGCAUACACCAAAAUCAGUUACUUAGCGAUAGUAGUUGUAAUAACACUAGUAGUACAAGUAGCGCAUUCCUAGCAAAUAGCGAAUCUACCUACCUGCAUCACUCGCACACCCACUCAGCCUCGCUGGUUACUAGUCAUCAUGCCCAUGGUCAACAACACAAUCUCAACGGUUACAUGGGUUGCACCAACGGCAGUGGAACCCUUCAUGGAUUGAACUCCGCACAACAGAGUGGCCAUCUGCAUCAUCAACAGCAUCAUCCUCAGGGCCACCAUCUGCCGGUGAAUCAAAACAACAACUAUUACCAUUGGCCAUCUCAUCAGUCGGGAAACUUACAAGGUAGUUCUGGAGUAGCACAAAUGUACCACCCAAAGUAUCAUCCCUCACAAGGACCCACCAUAUGUACGCCAAUCUCGAGGCUAAUGUACGUUCCGCCGCUUACCCCACCGAACUCAGAUCCCGGAAGUCCCGGUACUACACUUCAGAACCCUGCCCGACGAACUCCUCCACCGCCGUAUCAUCCGCAACAGGUUGCGUCCCUUACAAUCCACCUGGGAUCGAAUAGCCAUCAACCUACCCAUCUCCAUCACCAUCCUCAUGGGAUACCGCCACAACAGCCGCCAUCAGCACCCUCUGCCUCUGCCGGAUCUCAACAACAACUGCCAUCCCACCUGCAAUCCAAUCACACCCAGCCAUCGCCAUCGACAGCAGUGGCUGCAGCGGCAGCAGCAGUUAACCAAAUUCCUACCAAUUCAUCAGCAAUAGCAUCGGUGGCGAUCAAUACGAUCACCACCAGCAACGGCAGCAAUACUAACCUCAACAGCAGUAACAGUAACAGUUCCGCGAGUAGCACCGGUCGCAAACGAUCGCAGCACAGUAUCAACAGCGUCCUCAGCAGUGUGGGCGUAGUGAAGCACAUUGUUGGCCGGUACAACCGGCGCAACAAUCCGGAGCUGGAGAAGCGACGGAUACAUCACUGUGAUUUUAUUGGGUGUACAAAAGUCUAUACCAAAAGCUCGCACUUGAAGGCUCAUCAACGAAUUCAUACAGGCGAAAAACCAUACACCUGCCAGUGGCCCGAAUGCGAGUGGCGUUUCGCAAGGUCCGACGAGUUGACGAGGCACUACCGCAAACACACCGGAGCUAAGCCGUUCAAGUGCAUUGUCUGCGAGCGCAGCUUCGCCCGCAGUGACCACCUGGCGCUACAUAUGAAGCGACAUCUACCAAAAAAUAAGUGAAUUAUGCCAAGUGCAACGAGCGAGGGAGAGGCAAAUCCAGCAUCAUCAUCAUCAUCAUCAUCCAUAGAGCAAUCCAGCGAUCUUCUAGGCUAAUCUAACUCAUUCUAACACAAGACAAAAUGGAGCACCAAUCCAUCUGCAAUCAUGUGCAGGAGAGAUGCAAGGAAGUAACUAUGACACAAACAGUCACAACGUGGGUUUUAUAGUAUUAGAAUCCAUAUCCAGCUUCCUGUAAUUGCAAAAAAAGUUACUUAAUUCAUUUGACUAAAAAGUGUUUCAAGGUGUAAAGUUCUCAACCAAUGUUUGUUCAAUCCAACAACAAUUCAAUGUGGAAGCCAUAGCACGGAACACUGAAAUCGGAGAUUUUCAGUUGAAACAGUCGAAUAUGUAAAAUAA